AUGCUUCAUUCACUGGAAGUUCAAAAUAUUCUCGCUCUGCAGAAUGUAGACACCCCGUUGAAGGGUGGACUCAACACUCCACUUCAUGAGGCUGAUUUCUCGGGAAUUCUGCCCACUCCUAAAGUCCAGGCAACUCCGAAUACUGUACUAAAUGCAGUUGCUGCCACUCCCGCUAGCACAUUUGGAGCUACGCCAAGCUCUGUGGGCUCGUUCACCCCAGGACCUGGUGGAGCGACUCCAGCUUUCCGCGACCAAAUGGGUAUCAACGAAGGAGGAGCAACGAGUGGAAUUGAAGCUCGC